GACAGACAUUCGAAGAUAUUAACAAGCGUUUCGAUAUUACGGAUCUUUAAUCAAUCGGUGAUUCGUGAUCCGUACAAGAUGCUGGUACAACAAUUCGGACGAUGGCUUUGGCAUAUAAUGGGCGGCAGUGCGACUCAAAUCUUUUGCUCUUUUCUGAUAUUCGUCAGUGUUGCACUGGUGACCUAUUUGCUAUAUGACUAUUUCAUGAGAUAUACGUUACCUCCUGGUCCAUGGGGACUGCCGUUUUGUGGCUACAUACCCUUCAUCAAAGGACAUGUAUAUCUGCAUUUCAAUGAGCUAGCCAAGAAAUACGGUAAAAUAUUCAGCAUUAACAUCGGCUCCGAGUUGACCGUCAUCAUCAGCGAUUAUCUCAUCAUACGCGAUGCAUUCCGACGUGAGGAGUUCACCGACAGACCACAUAACGACUUCAUGAACAUCAUCGAUGGAUACGGUAUCGCUAAUACGGAUGGUCCUCUGUGGAAAGAUCAGAGGAGAUUUCUUCAUGAUAAUCUUAAAAAGUUCGGUAUGAAUUCCCAUAACACCAAAAAUAUGGAAUCGAAGAUCAUGUACGAAGUCGAGAUAUUGCUUAAGAGAUUGAUAAUGAGACGUGGAGCGCCCACAAACCUAACGUCCUCUCUCGCUGUAUCGAUCAGUAAUGUAAUCUGCUCGAUUGCAAUGGGAAUACGUUUCUCCCAUGGCGACCCGAAAUUCGAGAGAUUUAUGGACCUAAUUAACGAAGGAUUCAGACUGUUUGGUAAAGUGACGUUAGCGAAUCAUAUACCAAUAUUGCGUCACUGUCCAUGGAUUAAUAGCAUCAAACAUAAAAUCGAAAAAAAUCGAGCGGAAAUGGCUGAAUACUUUCAAGAAGUUAUUAAUAAGCGUAAAACAACGUAUGACAAGAAUAACAUUAAUGAUAUUCUCGAUACCUAUCUGUUCGAAAUUCAGAAAGCUAAGGAAGAAAAUCGAGAAGAUCAGCUUUUUGAGGGAAAAGAUAACUUUCGUCAAAUGCAACAAAUUCUGGGUGAUCUCUUCUCCGCGGGUAUGGAAACGGUGAAGAAUUCUUUGGAAUGGUCGAUGAUUUUCAUGUUGCAUUAUCCAGAAGCAGCAAAGGCAGUACAGAAUGAAUUGGAUCAAGUCGUAGGAAGAUCAAGAUUACCCUCAUUAGAGGAUCGUCCAUUUGAGGCGACCAUUCUAGAAGUUCUUCGCAGAGCCAAUCUUGUACCACUUGGCACUACGCACGCUACUACACGGGAUGUGAUGUUAAAUGACUAUAUGAUACCAGCUGGUACCAGCGUGAUACCGUUGUUGUAUGCAGUGCAUAUGGAUCCUGAGCUCUGGGACGAACCAGAAGUCUUCCGGCCCAGCCGUUUUCUCUCUGCUGACGGUAAAUUGUCACAGCCGCAUUUCUUUAUGCCCUUUGGAGUUGGUAGACGAAGGUGCCUGGGUGAGGUGUUGGCCCGCAUGGAAGUCUUCCUAUUCUUCAGUUCGCUAAUGCACAUGUUUAACUUGAGCCUACCUGAAGGUGCCUCAUUACCCAGCCUGGAAGGCAACGUUGGUGUAACAGUAUCACCGAAAUACUUUGAAGUUUGCUUGCUGCAGAGAGAUUUGCUUUUACCAGACUGCGAGAACAACGAGGUCUUUGUCAAUGGACCCUUGCGUAACGUUGGCAGCCACUAAGUCCUCGACGAACUUUAAAGCACGGUACUUGUUCCUAUUGCCACAGGAGAGGCAAAUAGGCAGAGAAGAAUCUGCAAGUCGCAUGCUGACGCUAUGGGGUCCAUCCACUACACAAGCUGGAGAUCCGUAAGAUUAUUUAAUUGUACAUUAAGUAUAAGAAAAUGAUAAAUGGUUGCGUUUCGUCAAAAUCUUUAUGUAAAAUGAAAUAUUUGCGAAAAAUUUUGACAUCAUCCUACUUUAAAAAAUUUGUAG